AAACUUUAUCCUUCUCGUCUCCAUUAUUCCCAGACGAAACAAAGCAGCACUUAUCCCUCUUUCUCUCGCUUGAUCAACACCGUCUUUCGUGUUGUGCUUUUGUGAUUGACUGCAAUGGCGAGUUCCGAUGCUGAGCGUAGAGAAGAGGAGGGGAACGUUCCAGGAGAGGACGAAGACACCGGAGCUCAGGUCGCCCCAAUUGUUAGACUCGAAGAGGUCGCCGUCACCACUGGCGAAGAAGAAGAAGAUUCCAUCCUUGAUCUGAAAUCGAAGCUCUACCGAUUUGAUAAGGAAGGGAACCAAUGGAAGGAGAGAGGUGCUGGGACAGUGAAGUUUUUGAAACAUAAGGAAUCGGGGAAGGUUCGGUUGGUUAUGCGACAAUCGAAGACUCUGAAGAUCUGUGCUAAUCAUCUAAUUCUGCCGACUAUGUCAGCUCAGGAACAUGCCGGGAACGAUAAGUCUUGUGUAUGGCAUGCCACUGAUUUUGCUGAUGGGGAAUUGAAGGAUGAACUUUUCUGCAUUCGGUUUCCAUCAGUUGAGAAUUGCAAAACCUUUAUGGAAAUGUUUCAAGAAGUUGCUGAAUCUCAAGGGAAAAAAGAGGAGAACAAAGAUGCUACUGCUGCUGCUGGACUACUAGAGAAAUUGAGUGUUGAGGAUGCCAAAACUGAGGAGAAAGCUGGGGAAGAGAUUCCUGUUGCAGUCAAGGAGAAGGGAAUUGAAAGUGAGGCAAAACCAGAAGCAGAAGCAGAAAAGAAAGAGGAACCACCUUCCUCAGCUUAGGCCAGAGGAAGUAGGUAUACAGUAUACUUGUCUUUCAUGCCCUGGUCUAUUGUCCUCUGAGAUUAGUUGUUAGUACUCUUCCCGAUGGUUUGCAAAUUUAUGUAGCAAGUUUCAAUUGGGGGAGUCGCAGAUGGGAAUGUGUUAGUCUUUCAUUUUGGGGGAGGCUUGCCAAUAGUUUGUCAGAGUUGGUCCAGUUUGCAUGUCAAGUGGGGGUGGUCAGGGUUCUAUUGGUGUGGAUGUUCAGUCAUCUGAGAGGUGAGUCUGGGGAGGGAUCAGUACGAGUGGAGUUUUUUCGGAGUAUUUCUUCAUUUUGAGUUUCUUUUUUUGUUUCUUUGGGGGUGGGGUUACUUAUCUGUAAGUUGCUUGUGAAGUUUUGAUCUGAAUGGUGACUUGCACCAAGAUUUACAUUUUUUAAAGCCAGACGUUUGGUA